ACUUCUGGGAAACGGGAAGUCGAGAGUUCAGCAGUUUGAGCAAACUCUUGAUCGCACAGCAAGAAGGAAGGGGGGGAUCGGGAGACCACCGAUAAGCAGCUGAAUUUCUCUCUGACCAUGGAUGGCAUCUGGCCUCAGGCUGCAAAAGGAAAUGUAAGUUAUGGAUACCAUCCAGGCCAUUCUGAACGUUUCGGUCGCCAUCUAUAACCAAUGUGAGAAAAUGACAGAGUGCAAUAAGCACAGAGAGCGCCUUGUUGAACGUGUUAAGAUCCUCCAGAGGCAGGUCAUGCGCAUGCACCAGGCCUGCACCACCCCCAGGUUCCCCAAUGACCUGGUAUUGAUGCUGAAACGGACACUGAACAUUCUGGAAGAGAUCCAGACAAAGCUUUGCAAGUACGGUGACCUGCCCCAGUUCCAGCGGUACUUGAAGGCUCACAAAAUGCUGAAGGACUUUGAAAGAAUGAACAUGGACAUCAGUGAUGUUGGUCAUGACCUGAUGAGGCAGCUAGAGAUUGAGAAGCUAUUAGAUGACCGUCAAGACCUCAUGAAAUUUAAGAAGCCUCUUGUGACCCAGGAAGGCAGCCAGGAUCUUGUUGAGGACUGUGUAUCUUUGAAGGAGAUGAACAAAGUCCAGGAUGCUGCUGUUUUCACAGGAAUCACCGAAAUACCCAAAAGCCAGAUCACCAAUGUGACCACCCUGGCAGAGUGUGAGAGCUACACCAUGUGCAGUGGAAAGUACAAUUAUUGCUCUGUGGCCAUCAAAAUCUUCAAGAACCCUUUGAAUGAGAACAAACCACAGGAUGUUAGGAGCAUCUUUCGGACCGAAAUCGAGACUAUGAAGAAGUUUGAGUCUCCCUACAUCGUCCGUCUGUAUGGGAUGUGCAUAGAUGAGAGUGGCUUCCCUCCUGAAUACUCCAUCAUCACUGAAUAUUGUGAAAAGGGUACCCUGAGGCAAGUGCUGAAAAAGGAGCCUGACUUACCGUGGGACAUUCGCUUGGAAAUGGCAAAGGAUGCUGCCAUCGGCCUGUACAGGUUGCAUCAGACCGGGGACAAGCCUCAGGUGCAUUACUGCAUCAACAGCACCAGGUUCCUUGUUGCCAAAGGCUACUGUGUAAAGCUCUCUGGGUUUGAACUGAGUCAAACGGUCUCUUCCAUCAGACGGAAGCCCAAGGAGAAACCCCAAAAAGAGGUCAGCGCUUCAGCCUACAUCUGUCCCGAGGGCCUGCGGUCAGUGGAGCAUCAAUACAACCUGGCCAGCGAAAUAUACAGUUUUGGGAUUGUCCUGUGGGAGAUCGCAACUGGCAAGAUCCCAUUUGAAGGUUGCACUUCAAAGGAGAUCCGUGAUAAGGUCUGCAACCAGGAGCAAGAACCUCUGGGAGACGACUGCCCCCCACGCCUACGGGACGUCAUCAACAAAUGCCGGGAUUUCGACCCUUCCCAGCGGCCAACUGCUGAAGCGAUUGUGAACCAACUCAUUGUUCGUGACCUUUUGAAGGAGUGAGAGCCUGACCACACGAUGGGGAACUUGGAAUGCAAGAACUUGUUCUCAGCACAAUCUUGCAGGGCCACCCUGAGCAUUAGCACAAAGUCAAGCACCUUUUCUUUUUCAACCUGGAGUGCCUGUGCACAUGGCCAAUGGGCAUGUGCCUACAGCCCUUGGUCAAAUUGGCGCACUGUCAUAACUUGCAAUGCUGUUUAACUAUGUUUGUUGAAUUGUGGUUUGUUUACUGCUAACAAACCACAGUCUCAAUCCAUGGUCUGCUAUUAUCUUAUAAACCUUGGUUUGUCUUCACUAUGGCUUAGUGUUACAGGUGUACCCAGAAUCCUUCCUUAGCCAUGAUUUUCUUAACCACCCCACCCCAGAUGCUCAUCAGAUUUAGCAGCAGUAAGUUUUAUUAUAUGGUCACAGACCUGAAAAACUAAUCCUUACAAAGGCAUGAUUGAGGCAAGAGCUGCUGGAAAACAAAACAAACUAUGAGUAAAGGACAGCUGAUGGUUCACUCAGGGCUUCUUGUGCACAUGACUUUGCAUUAUACUAAUUGCAUAUUAUACAAAUUGUGGCUUAGAGUUAUAUGUGAGUAUAGCCUUAGUAAGCUUCAAUGCACUGUUGCUUCUUACAAGCCACCUCAAAGAUUUAUUUUGGCUGAAAUGGUUGCCCCCCCUGGAAAUCAAUGCAUGUUUUUAGAUCCAUUAAUCAGCACAAUAAGAAUUCCAGACCCAAUGCUUCAUUCUUCAAACUUAACUAGGGGUAUUGUGAGGUGUUCUGUAAUUCAAUAAAAUUAUACUGAACCCAUA